AUGCUUUCGUUAGUUGUCGGCUCGCUCGCCAGCGGGUUCACCACCCCUAAAAUUGGCUUUUACACCCCAUUUGCUAUUGUCGGAUCCUGUAUCAUGACAAUUGGAUCAGGCCUUCUGACAAUGCUUCAAGUGGAUACAAGUGAGGCGAAAUGGAUUGGCUACCAGAUUAUUUACGGAUUUGGCAUGGGGCUAUGCUUCCAGCAGUCCAAUUUAGCUGCCCAGACUGUUCUCCCCACGAAUGACGUACCCAUUGGCCUAGCUGUGAUUUUCUUCAGCCAGCUUCUGGGUGCCGCAGUCCUGGUCCCUGUUGGCGAGAACGUGCUGUCCAAUCAGCUGCUGAACAAGCUAUCUGGUAUCCCAGGCAUUUCCCCCGAUCUUAUUACCUUAUCCGGUGCGACAUCAUUGCUGGAUUCAGUCCCUGCGAAUCUGAGGAAUACGGUUCUGGUUGCAUAUAAUGAAUCUUUGCGAACGGUUUUUCAGAUUGGAUUAAUUCUUUCUGCAUUAUCAGUCCUGGGAAAUGCUACACUGGAGUGGGCCAGUGUACUUAAGGAUAAACAACCAAUACCGGAUACGCAAGACAAGUCUGUUGUCAAUGAUGAGGUGAAGAACGCUGGUGGUGAGGCCGUAUGA